AUUUCAUGUAAAAAGCCGGGAAAAUAAGGAUGAAAAAAACAUCGAAACAAACAGGCGCUGUAAUUAAUUAGAAAUGUCAAAAGGGGAAUUUGUAACGGAAUGUACGCAUGACUUUCGCUUUCUAAAACUAAUAAGUAAAGAGCUGUCAACAUGUGGCUUGUUGCAGUAUUUAUACCUAUUCUCCAGUUUACCAGAAGUUGUUCAGGCAGUUCAGCAUUGCAAAUUCUAGUCGAGCAAGAUAUUUACUAUGGUAAACUAGGAGGUGCAUUGGAGGUCGUGUUUACCAUGAAGAAUCCUGACAUUUCGUCACAUAAUCUUGAUAUUGGAGUAUUGUGUGACCUGAACCGUACAAGUAUUGCCAGUAUUAACUCGACUGGCUUUGUAACGUACCAGAAAGCUUAUGAAAAUCGUUACUCCAUAAAUCUUUCAAGUCCGAAAAUUUACAUAAACAUUAAAAACUUACAAGAAGACGAUUUUAAAUGUCAACUAGAAUGUGUGAAAUAUUCAAAAUUUGACAAGGAAGUUGGAUAUACGCAAAUACGCAAAUCAGCUAAAGCUGUCAUACAAACUUCAACUGACUUUGGAAACCAAACAAUCAACAUUGGCCAGUCCAACGAAUAUGUGUGCAUUGCUGAGGGACAACCCAAACCUCUAGUAACGUGGAAAAUCUUUGACGGAGAAGACGCCAACAAAACGUUAGUACAAAGUCAAGGCAUGGCUAGUUUGAAGAUCCAAAAUGCGCAGAUGAAAGACACGAAUAAUUAUGUUUGUAUGGCGGAGAAUAUCGGAGGGAAAAGUUAUAAAAUGAUGAGCCUUAUUGUAGCAUAUAUUGAACACGAAGAAGAAGUGGAAUAUCAAAAGGUCACUGUAGACAUUGGAGGUGUGCUUAAAAGUAAAUGUCAAAUCUCUGGCGACCCAGACGUGCAAUACAAAUGGUAUAGGCCGAAAACUGAUGCGGACUCAACACCUGCGCUCAUUGUCACAGUUCCUGAUCUAUUUUUGGCCAAUUUCAAACAGUCGGAGUAUGGAAACUACACAUGUGUUGCAAAAAAUGCUGCUGGAACGAAAAGCUUUGUAGUCGAAGCUGUUCCUCCAUUUGGUUCAACAACAGCGUCACCCAAAGGAGAAACUAGAAUUUCUGCAAGCUCCAUGUCAUUCCCUUCAAUACUCGUCAUAUCACUAUUUUAUCUCCUUAGCAUGUGUAGUAUGCCAUAAGCGAGUCUCCACUACAAUCUAAAGAUCUCAUGAAACAUUCCCUCAUGUUGGCGAAUUUUGAUUUUAGCACAACUAAAGAUAUUUCUGUUUUGUUUAAACGUUGAGCCAUUUUUUUGUUCUUUAUAAAUCUUUCAAUUUUUAUAAAUUUUGCCGUAAAAGCUAUACUACUUUUUGUAUUUCUAACCGAACCCAAACUAUCUACAAAUAAUGUCAGUUUAGUAGUCUUUUUACUCCCGCAGAAUGUUAACGUCAUCAGAAAAUGUUAUUGAUAUGGCAACGGCUUCUGGUUAUUGUGACUUCGUGUAAAACAAGAUACACUGGCCAUGGAUAGGUUAUCUUUAAGCAAUAACUUUUAUUAUUGUUGUUUUAUUGUUGUUUUAUUGUCAUUGUUAUUGUUGUUAUUGAUGUUGAUGUUGUUGUUAUUGUUGUUGCGUCGUUUUGUUUUGUUGUAGUGUCUUAGCUUAUUUAGUCUUUUUGGUGUCGAAAGCCCAGCCCUCAAAACAAGUCUUCUGAUUGUGUCAGUAUAAGAAACAUGCAAAGUCAGCAUUUACCGACCCGCAUAGAAUAAUUGUGUUUAUUAUAGAAAUAUAUAGAAAUCUAUAGAUACGUAACAAAUAAUAUUUUUAACUUAUUGUGUAGAAAGUAUGUAUAUAUUUUUUUGGGAUUUAGGAGUUGAGCAAAAGUUAAAUACAUCGUAUAAUUAUGCUUAUGUAUAUAUUUUGGAAGAAAUUAUUAUGGUGUAAAAUAUUACAAGUAAUAUAAGAAUAGAAGAAAGAGGGGAGAAAAUAAUUUCUUUUCGCUAUUGUACGUAAACUUGUUCCAAGAUGUAAAAAAAACAUUGACUUUUUUUCUAUGCUUUAUAAAAUAUGGACAUACGAAUCAAGGUCGAUCCCAGCGUCUUCUACUUUCGACAUAUGAGCAAACACAUUUAAGAAGCAAAUAGUCCUUGGGAUGAGGUUGCAUGCAAAUGUACCCAAAGUAUUUAUUUCUAAUGCAUAUAUAAAUUUGCAACAAUAAAAAUAAUUUUUUUAAUUCUGUAUGAAAUUUUGUUUUAUUUAUCGUAAAUUUUAUCGUAAAAUUAAACAAGUUUUGUGUUUUGUUUCA